UCGCGUCGUUUUCGUAGUAAGCCCGCGCAUGCGUGCUGCAUCCGAUAAUUGAAUAGGUUCAUCAUGCAGAUACUAUAACACAUAAUUUACAUAUGUGUGAGUUUAUUAUGUUAGUUGACGUGAGCCACUAACUGUGCCAGUGCAGUGAUUGUUUAAUUCAUGAUUACAUGAAUGAAGUGUUGAUUUUUCGGAUUUUUUAACGGGGAAUGAAGAAUACAAGGUCACAUCAUGCAAUGGUGGUUCUUCUUACUUUACAUCUCAGCUGUCAAAGCUCAGUUUGACACUCGGAGAUUUUUAGACUACUGGACUGAUUUAUUUCGUCCCCUACCUCGCAAUCCCAGGGAAGGUUUCGUCCCAGAUUAUACUCCAAAAAAUCAAGAAGAAUUUGAUUUUAUAGUCAUUGGAGCUGGGUCCGCAGGUUCUGUAGUAGCUAACCGAUUAACUGAAGUUCCACAAUGGAAAGUAUUGCUUAUAGAAGCAGGAGGGAACGAAAACUUCUUUUCCGACAUUCCCAUAUUUGCUCCGUUUCUCUCCCUCACUGGCAUGAACUGGGGUUACAAUUCAAUGCCAGAACCCAGAGCAUGCAGAGAUCUAAGAGGAAAAGUGUGCUUCUUACCGCGAGGCAAAGUUCUCGGUGGUAGCAGUGUACUCAACUUUUUAAUCUAUCAACGUGGACAUCCGGAAGAUUACAAUGACUGGGCUAGAAUGGGCAACGACGGUUGGAGCUACAACGAAGUACUUCCAUACUUCAAAAAGUCAGAAAAUAUAGGUGUUAGAGAAUUACGAAAUUCUUCAUACCAUGGCGUUGGUGGAUAUUUAGACAUUGAGUACUCGCCGUACCAUUCACCUCUUGAGAAGCCAUUUAAACAAGCUGGUGAAGAACUUGGAUACGAAUGGAGGGAUCCAAACGGAGAAAAUUUGAUUGGUUUCUCAAAGCCACAAGCAACAAUGCGAAAAGGUAGAAGGUGCAGUUCGUCAAAAGCGUUCAUAGAGCCAAUACGCUUCAGGCCUAAUUUAAAAGUUACGAAAUUUUCUACCGUAUCGAAAAUUUUAAUAGACCCCUACACUAAAACAGCUACCGGCGUUGAAUUUACGAAGCGUAAUAUGAGUAUACAGGUACGGGCACGUCGUGAAGUGAUUUCGUCUGCAGGAUCUAUUGGCUCGGCUCAGUUGCUAAUGGUAUCUGGAAUAGGACCACAAGAUCAUUUACUGGAAUUCGGGAUUCCAGUGAUAGCUGACCUUCCUGUAGGAUACAAUCUCCAAGACCACGUUACGUUUUCAGGGAACGCUUUCAUCGUCAACCAAACGGGAAUGACUAUGAAUGACUUGGCUGCCGCAUCCCCCUUCGUAGCAGCUGCAUACAUGCAAGGACGAGGUCCACUGACCCUGCCUGGUGGAGCCACUGGACUUGCCUUCGUGCACACAAGACAUUCAUACGAUGUGGAUCAGACCAGACCUGAUAUAGAACUGGUCAUGGGAGCUGGAUCUCUAGCUGGUGAUGCUAUGGGAAUAUUACGGUCUUUGCUGGGAGUGACGGACGAGUGGUACCGAGAGGUGUAUCGGUCUUUGCCAAUAGGGGCGAGGAUGCGCACAUUUUCUAUAAACCCCGUGCUAAUCCGACCGAACAGCGUUGGCCGAUUAAUGCUCCGAAGUCCAAACUUCACCGACCAUCCCAGAAUCCAUUUAAACUAUUUCGCUGAUCCGAACGAUUUGCGAACUAUGAUCGAAGGUGUUCGUAUGGUACAAAAAAUAAUUGGUACGAAAGCGUUCCAGCGUUAUAAUACUAAAUUACACACAACACCGUUUCCCGGCUGCGAGGCUUUGUUGUUCGACUCGGAUGAAUACUGGGAGUGUGCUAUUAUGCAGACUUCCAUCACAUUAGACCAUCAAGUUGGUACGUGCAAAAUGGCACCAGCUGGUGAUCCUACAGGCGUAGUCUCACCAAGACUACAGGUCCAUGGAAUUAAAGGUUUAAGAAUAGCUGACGCCUCCAUAAUGCCACGGAUACCGGCAGCACACACACACGCCGCCGCAGUCAUGAUUGGUGAAAAAGCUGCAGACCUUAUAAAAGAAGAUUGGGGCAUAUCUACCCUGACAAACAAGUUAUAAUAUCAAGUACUAAAUAGCUUUAUAAAUCUAAAUUAAUUAGUAAUUGUACAGUUGUGUCUCUUAUAUCGACAGACAUGAUAACCUCUUGUCGUAGACACAAUACAAAACACACAGUCUCGCGUAGAUCUACGAUCUUCCGACAGUUGACAGGUUAAUCACUUAACUGUUUGCGGGAUAAAUCGACUCAUUUCGAGCCACAGUCGGGAGUCAUAGUUAUGAAUUGUGAACUACGUGAGUAAGCUAUAAUACAUAAUUACUUAAUUAUUUAUUGUUGUAAUAAGCAAUGCUGUAAUGUGUAACGUUUAUUGUGAAGUUAUAAUUAGAUAGGGAAUUAAAUUUUUAAUGUAAUAAGUGUAAUGUAGACAUAGGCAUAUAGUGUGUGAAUAUCAUAAAUCUAGUCAAUUGAAUUUACCAAAUAUACAGUACUAGUUACUAAUUAAAUACAAAUUCAGUGAAUUCAGUGCCUAUAUACUUAAAUAAAUUGUGCAAAUAACUAAGUUAAAGAAGCAUAGUAAAAAUGUUCGAAUUAAGAAUUCGUCAAAACUAGUGACAUCUAUCGUUGAGUUAGGGAUAGUCGCAGGCACCAUUCAUUUUGUGGAUGUAGUCUUUGGCAACUGGCACAAGUGAGACGGUGCCGUAAUCACAGUUUUCUCACAAUCACUGUCGGUCGGAAGUUUUAGCCCUAGAUUAAAAUUCUCAACAAUAAUUUGAUUACGACUGAAAUCGGUCGCUAAGUCAGUUUGAUGAUUAGAUUUUCAACUUUAUCACAAAAAGUUAAGGUUGAAAAAUGUUCUGUUCCGACUGAAUUUUGUCACUGUAUGGACAGGACUACCGGCCCUUCGGCGAUCGGUACCGACCACACCGUACCGGUUUUUGGGCGUAAAUUGAGUGUAGCUCGAACAAAUAUAAUAGGUAAAUACUAUUUUACGAUACUGCAUAAUGUCCAUAGCAUAGUUAUUAGAAUAGUAUGUUCAUGUGCAAUAUAUAAUUAAAUUUAUUUUAAAGAAAUGUAAGCAAAGCUUAUCUUAUAAUGUCAUUACAAAAAAAUUAUAUCUGAAUCAGUAAA